AUGGAUCCGAACCCGCCCGUCUUCUUGCCCAAUCUCGUAGCGAGUAGUCCCGUCGCCGCCAGCAGCAGCAGCUGCUACGCAUCACCACCGCCCUCGCCGCAGCCGCGCCCUCACAGCAAGUCCAUCGUUCAGACGAGCUCACUCUUGCUGCUGCCCGCCGAGAUCAGGACCCUCAUACUCGCGGCGGCCUUUGGCCACCGCACCAUCCACGUCGACCUCGACCUUGUCGCCGCGACACCACCGACCCCGUCACGGCUCAGCGGGCCGCCGGACGGCGCUUCCACUACCGCCAUACAGCGCCGCGACCUCAUCCCCCUGUCCAGCGAUGACAUCCGAUGGAAGCCCACCGCCCACCUCUGCCACCGCUCGUGCUUUGACGGCGCGCGCCGCCGCCGGUCCCGCCACCCCGCGCUGCCCGCGCCGCUCUUCGUCGUCGACCGCGACCGCUGCUUCAUCAGCGGCGAUCGUUGUACGUUCCCCGAACACGGCCUCGCGUCGUGCUGCAUUGGCGCCAUGGGGUGGCUGCUCGCCUGCCGCCAGGCGCACGCCGAGGGCGUCGCGGUGCUCUAUCGCCUCAACAACUUUCGUCUCAACGAGUCCUUUGCCCUCGAAAACACCCCCCGCAUCCUGCCCCCCGCCUACAUCCCGGCCAUCACGCAGCUCUCCCUCUCUCUCACCAUGGGCCGCACCCGCGUCGCCUCGGACCGCAUCGCCUACCCGCGCCCGCGCGACGCCGUCGAGCACCUGCCCGCCUUGCUCGCCCGGCUACCCGACACCUUUCCCGGGCUCCGCCGCCUGCACCUGGUGUUGGCUGGCGAGGUCUGGCCCGAGACGCAGCUGUCCGCGUACUGCGCGCCAUCGCCCGUGCUGCACGCCAACGUCGAGGCUUUGUUGGUGCGGUUUGAGGGCCUGGUGCGCCGCUGGCCCGCGCUGCGCCUCUGCGAGGUGGCCUUUGACAGCAGCGUCUACUUUCCCUGGCUGCAGAUCGACAAGGGGCUCGAAAUUGACUUUAAAAACUAUGCCGACUUUGAGCAGUGCCCGUAUACCGUCUGGCGGUCGCUGCCGACCGAGGACGCGCACGGGGUGGAGAGCGGCACGGCGGGCCGGCGCCGGCUGUCCGGCUUCUGGGUCUGUCUGGAUGCCUGGGACGCCAUUCCGUGGUCUGUUAUGACGGACCUAUACGGAAAGGGGCCAUGGUGA